AUGAUUUCUUCAUUUUCUCAAAUACUGAAAUACUGCAUUGGUGUAGGGAAAUCUAAUCUUAAAGCAAAAGAAAGCAAUAUCACUUCUAGGGGAAAUCAACCAUAUUCAAAUGUCUGUUCCUGGCAAAAAUUCUUUUCAUUAGAGAAGAACCAGAUUGUUCCUUGUCAGACCAUUUCCUCAGACCUUUUCUUCUUUGUGGUAAAGAAGUCAAAUCAUAAAUCGAAAGAAAGCAGUAUCAAUAAGAGAAAAAGCUACUAUAAAAAGGUAUCAAUAAGAGGCCCAAAUCGAUAUUUACUUCCCUUAAGCCGAGCGCCACAAGACUGGGAAACACAGUUGAGAAUCAAACGACGACAUAACUGCAUUUAUAAACUCAGUUCAGGAAAUCGUAUCAUAAAGCAAAAUAAAGCAGUAUCAAUGACAGGUGAUUGUAGCUUGACCUAUCUAUGUCAUUUUUUUCAAUAUCUAUCUAUCUAUCUAUCUAUCUAUCUAUCUAUCUAUCUAUCUAUCUAUCAAACUUCUUGCCUAGUUUCAAAAUAA